AUGUAUCCGAUUCAGAACGGAACACGAAGGACCAGGGAUCACAAUACAAACCACAAUCUUCUGUUGCAGCCAGUUGGAAUAUACCCCAAGAAGUAUGAGUGGGCGGGAAUUCAGGAGUCCGGUGACUGCAGUCUCUGGGUGAGGGCUGCCACACUGGAGUUUGACGACGGUGAAUGGGAGUGCCAGGUGACGGCCUCUGACUUCACAACCCAAGACGCCCUGACGUCAUCACCGGUCAGACUCGUCGUGCGAGUGGCGCCACAACGACCGCGGGUGGAGUAUAAUACAAGUCAAGUACUUCCAGGGCAUAAUGUUACGGCCCAGGCUGGAGAGCGGGCCACAGUCAAGUGUGUUAGUCGCUAUGGGAAUCCCCCUGCUAGACUCAAAUGGUUACUCGGUGAUGAAGAACUCACUACGAGUACGAAUCAGAGCAACUCAACAGAACUAGACAAUCCCAGAACGUGGGUCGCCACGUCAGUUCUGGAACUGAGCUUCACAAAGCAGCAACACGGCAGAGUGCUCAAGUGCGUUGCUCUGCACGAGUCAUACUCCACCAAGUCUCAAGUCAUAGAGGUGCGGCUCAACGUCAGAUAUCCUCCGGAAGUGCGCCUACAAGGUGCCCCGACACAGGAUCUGGAGGAAGGGAGAGACAGCAUCGUGCUUCGAUGCCUUGCCGACGCCAACCCUCCAGCAAAAAUCGUAUGGAAGCGAAUGGGACGCAGCGACAUCGCCAGUCUGGAGGAGACACUGCAGUUCCGGCCACUGGGACGUCGUGACUCAGGCACGUACACGUGUGAAGCCCAGAACGUGGUGGGAGCCAGCGAACCCAUCUCCGUACAAAUCGACGUCAAGUACCCGCCGCAGAUUAUAGAUGUGGGCCCAGACCGAGUGAUGACGGCGCCCUUAUACUCACAGGCUACGUUCAGCUGCACCGCAGAGGGAAAUCCUCUGCCCACGUACCAGUGGCUGCAGAAGUUGCCCACAGCGGAGGGUACGGUACUUAUCAGAGGCUCUGACUCGCGGCUACACAUCAGCAAUGUCACGUAUGACUACAAAGGUGAAUACGUCUGCAAGGCGACCAACGUGAUAGCAGGGGUAGAGCGCCUCGUGCAGAGCGAAGCCAUCUCUGUUCAAGUCGUGGGCGCCCCCCAAGUGUUGCGGCAGUCAGGGGGCCGUGAAGUCGUGGUGGCCCGCGGACAGGACGCACUGCUCCGGUUGGUGGUGUGUGCAGACCCGAGACCCCGACGCGCCGCCUGGGAAUGGGGAAGCCUACAGUUGGAAGCGGGAGCCGACCUCGGGCGGUACAAAGCAGAGGAGCUAGCGCAGGAUGCGCGGGAAGACUGCUAUGAGGCGAGGCUCCAUGUACGAGAAGUCGACCCUGCGGACUCCCGCAAUUACUACCUCGCAGUGGAGAAUGAGCGGGGUACUGACCGCCAUGCAGUGCACCUCGCCGUCAGGGAGCCGGUUUCCAUGGCGACCCUGCUGAGUUUGGCCGCAGGCAGUCUGCUACUCCUGCUCGUCUUGGUGUGUUUUACAGUGUACGCGAUGCGCAGAGAGAAGUGCUGCUUUGCACGUAGAGGGGACUUCCGACCUUCUGAUUUAGAAAGCGAGAAGAGUGACGUAGACAGCGCGGCUGGCAGGAAAACGCCACGCCUCGAAAACCAGGGUUUAGGGGGCGGUGGAACCAUACCUGCAGAGGCUAUAUACAGCACCUCACCUUCCAGGCGACCCCACACGAUCACCGGUGGCUCACCUGAGGCAAUGAAGCGGCGUUGCAACAUCUCCAACAACAGUGGAAGGGCAACUAAAACAAAAAAGGAUCGUGAUACUACCAAAGACAAUCUGUAUGCUGACCUUCAGGUGCCCACAAUUAGCAACAAUGGGUCAACAAUGACAAUGACAAUGAUGAACAAAGUGAACCCAUCAUCUCCAUCACGGCAACAUCUACGGUCAGACAAUUAUUUUCAGCAGCAACCACACAGAACAAAUGACUACUACAUGUCAGGACAUUUUCAGCCUAAUAGUUUUGAAAGGGCUGAAAUCUAAUAAGUCAUAUAUCUAUAUACUGUUUCAUAAUUAACAAGACAAAUCCAAUAGUCAGACUUCUUUAUUUUUGUGUGAAUUCUAGUGUCUGUAUUAUUUAAACAUAAAAUCAAAUUUACAAAUAAGUUGGUCUAUGCUGAAACUAUGGAUGAAGGUACACUAAUUAUAGUAACACAAUCAUAUUCCCGAUGUACUGUGAAAUAUAGGUGCUGAUAAUUGAUCGUGUAGCAGUGUAAUUACAGAACUGUGUCAAUAACAAGACUCAGAUUUCUGUAAAUAUGAAAGCACAGAUUGAUAAACCCCAUAAUUAUAUGCUACAGUGUAUUUCUUUGUCACAUUAUCAUAAGCUGUUCAUGAAGUCAGUAUGAUCUCAAUUAAAAAAAAAAUUACUUUCCAAAAUCAUUCUUUGUACUUAAUUUCAGUAUGCACUUCUAGACUUAAAUUAUUUUAUACAGCAUUUGAUUAUGAUGUAUUUGCCAGCUAAAUAUACUGCAGUAAUAUUUUGUUACAUAUUGAAACAGAAACUUAGUAGAACUUCAAAUAUAUCUAAUGGUUAAAUUUAUAUUAUAAAAGUGUUAUACAAAUAAAUGCUAUAUACAAUGUUCUAUGCAUUUAGUGUUUUCUGUUGUUUUAAAGUUCUUUAUUGCCAGGUAGGGCAUAAGGAAUGACUUUUUAUCACCAGACAAGGCAAAAUAUUAGUAAAAAUUAAAGAUAUGAAUUUACAAGCAUUAUCGCCAAAGAACAGCUUAUGUGACCCACAGUUUUUAGUCCUUCCUCUCAUGAACAUGCAUAAAACAGGAAGCCCAGUGAUGAUAACAUUGUCAUUAAGGUGAAAAUUUGUUUUCUGGAAUUAUUGCUGUGACUUUCGCUACAGAUUUCUUGGUGUAAAUUUUAAAGAUGUUCUGUAGCUCUAUAAAUUUCAGAUAUGAACUCAAAAGGAUUGUAAGUAUUUUUAUUUAAAGAACUCAGUGAUUUCUGUCCUAAAUAUACCAUGCAAUAAGCAGCUUUCAUUUUGUUUAAAAAAAGAAAACUCCCCAGUUAUAAAAAGUGUUUCAAAUAUCAUUUUCUAAAUCAGUGAUAAUCUCAUUUUUGUCAACAACUGUUAACACCCAUAUUUUUUAAAUAGGAACAUAAAUAUCACUGUAAUAUCUUUAUCAGCUAAUUUUGGUAUUUUUCUGCAUAACAAAAUUGAUCAAAUUUUGACCAAAAUAUGGAUCCAAAUGACUAUUCACAAAUUUGAUGAAUGGUGUGUAUGUAUGUAUAUAUUGUGGUCUCCUGAGUUAUGACUUCAUGUGUGCAUUCUAGCAGAUGGGUAUCAAGUUUUUGGAUGAACAUAGUGCUUCUAUCCUUACUGUCACAGGUAAGAUGGAGGCAGAACCUUCUGCUGAGUCAGUAUGUUCUUCCGAAAGGCUUUUGCCCACCUACAAGAAUACCUGGUGUCAUAACCCAAAAGACCACAGUGUGAAUCUUCACAACCAUGAAAACAUCAAAUCACAGAUAUGUACAUACUUUCUGUCUGGAAAUUAAAGUUAUAAAUUUGGCAAUUAAAGAUUAAUAAAAGUAUAAUCUUUCCUCCUUAAAAUAAAAUAUUACCUGAUAUUCCAGUCUGAUGUUAUAUAUUUUUCCUCAAAAUACAUAAAAGAAAAUUUAUCCCAAAAUAAAAUACAUGUUUACUCACGCUUUAUAAAGUAUGAAGACUGUGGUCUUCUGGCUUGUAAAGUUUUGUAGUUUGGGGAGAGCCUUAUGUUUGAGAGGAACAUGUUGCCUCCAGCUUCAUGGUAAAGAAAUAAACCAAACAAUAUCCAGCAGAAGCUGGGUUGUACUGCAACUUGCUUUGCAACUUCCUUUUGCUGGUUUCUUGCUUGGCUUACUCUUCAUCCCAAAAGACAGAGUCAGUAUGUUCCACCAAAACAUUAGGCUCUCUCCAAAAUACAGGACAUUACAAUUCAGAAGAACACAGUAAUCAUAGUCACUGAAUGGGAUCCUGAAAUCCAAUGUGUAUAAGAUACGUUCCCUUGGCCAUGCCAUAGGUUAGGCAGUUAGUCACUGCCUUCCCCCUAAUGAGACAGGUUUCUCUGAGUACUUGGUUUCCCUUGCAAAUUCUUAUUCCAUGAAAUGUUCCAUACUCAUCUGUCAUCUGGGGCUGGUACAAUAGGCCAAUUAGUAUCUGAUAUACCAAGUGGGCUCACCCUCAACCCAACCCACGAAAUUAAAAAAAAAAAAAAAAAUAGUGUUUCAAAACUUGGAAAUUUGUUGCCUUUAACUUGAUUAAUAUUUUGUUAAUUAUCAGUUUUUAAGUUAUUGCCAUAUUUGUCACUUUUAUAACAGAUCUGACAUAUAUACAAGAAAACUAUCUUGCUAAAAUCCUAUUUACCAGAUUGUUGACUCACAAGAUGUAAUUGAUUCAUCCACCUUGUACUCUGUGCUUGGAAUUUCUUUGUCACUAUGUAUGAUAGUAUUUUGAUUCACUUUCGCACAGCAGUCAUCUAACUGUGAACAUUCAUUUUCUAUUGAUUAAUAUGAAUGUGGGUUUUAAAUAUGUGUAUUCAUUACACUAAUGCUUGUAUGUACUUGUAUGUGGCUUUCUCCUGUACAUACCAAUAUGUUCUACUGGAAGUUCACACCCUUACAAAUCAUUUCUUUGAGGUAGUAUGAAAAGGAUAUGUUAUCAUAUCACAUGUUUUUAAGUUAUGUAAAUAUCAAAAAUAAUUUGGUGGAACAUGUGAAACGGAGAAUAUUUUUGUGUUUUUCAUACAUUUCCUAUUUUAGGUUUUCCUUUCCAUAAAUGUGCCUCUAGUGUUACUGCAGUAUUUAUAAUCUUUGUAAAUGAUACCACAUCAUCGUAUUAAAACUCAGCAUACAUAAUCGAAAAUACCAUCAGUUUUUGGAAUUUGAAAUUUGCUUUCCUGGGUAGAAUUUGUGAGAAAUUUAAAGCUUACUGAAACUGACUACCAUGUAAUGUUACAUUACCAUACUGUAUUUUGUGAAAUGGCUUUUGCUGAUGUAUACCAAUGACUUAAUUGCCUGUUAUUAUUAGCCAUUUGUAAAAAAUUAACUGUAUUUUAACUAUUUAAUUGACAAUUAUGGAUAGUUCAUGAAAGUAUCUCAUUUCUGAGAUCUUGUGUCUUAACCCACAUUCAAAUUAACUCUAAAUAUAUUGAUUACUUCCAACUAACAUAUUGCUUAGACUGUUCUUACUGGCCUUUCAUACAGAUUUCAGUAUUUCUUCAAAAUGUGUAUAAUCUGGUUCUAUUUGUUGUGUGUAUUAGCAUCAAUAAAAUUCUCACCGAAAGAACAAUGACUUGCAAGAUCAGUUCACUGUGGCACAGCAGAGUGUGUUAGCAGCCAAACUGGAGGAGAAGACUGUAAUAUUUCAAGAUACAAAAGGCAAUGAUAUAGAGUAUGAAAAAUUCAGAAGGCAUUCAUUUCAAGGGUGGAUAAUUUAAACAGUGUAUCAUGACAAAAAUAAAGGGAAAUUUCAGAAACUUCAAAAAAAAAAAAAGAAACGAUUGAAAAGAAAACAACAUAAAUAAUAAUUUUAUAGCCACAGUGAAAAUAAAAGAUAAUCUUCUUAAUAGAAUAACAGCUAAUUUUCUUAAUAUGUGUUCAUAAAAAAUCUGCUGUAUUAACAAUGAGGACAAACAUUGUAUGCAUUAAGUGAUGGAUCUUAAGCGGGUCCAUAAAUAACACACAUCUUUGUCUUGUCGUCAUGGUCUAAGCACUAGAUCCCUCCUGCAUAUUUUAUUGUAAAAAUAAACUGAAGCAAACUUGUGAUGAUGGCAUUCCUCAGAUUUGCUAUAUAAAGAGUGCGCUGUUGAGCCAUCUUGGUUGUAAAAAUAAAAUGACCAUGAGUUUGUGUGUUUGUGUUGUGCUACUGGGGAACAAAAAAAGAAGAGGUGGAAAUAUGUGUGUUAUUGAUUUCUUUCAGAUAUUGAAGACAGUAUAAUGUGUAUAUAAAAUAGGCUUUGUUUAAAUCCUUUAUACAAUGGUAAAUAAAUGCACUGUUAAAAUAUUUUUAUUGUGCAAGGAAAUAUGAUAUACUUCGUAAAAUGUUGGAUCUGUUUGGCAGAAAAGUGAGAUACCUUCUCAUUUUCCUGUACUGAUGUGCCACGCCAACCCCUCAUACAACUGUAAGUAAAGGAAACUCUUUUGAAUAAGGCCUAAUUUGGA